CCAAGUCAGAGCUCGAGUCGGCUGGGCGGCUGGAAACGGUGGCUGCCGCCGGUGACUCAGGGAGGCGGGAGGCGGGAGGCGGAGUAAGAGCGCCGCGGCCUCAGCUGCCGGGGGAAGAGGAAGAAAGGGAGGAGUCCUUCCUGCAGGCGUGGAAACCAUGGUGCUCACGCUCGGGGAAAGUUGGCCAGUAUUGGUGGGGAAGCGAUUCCUCAGUCUGUCCGUGGCCGACGGCAGCGACGACGGGCCCGGCAGCUGGGACGUGGAGCGCGUCGCCGAGUGGCCCUGGCUCUCGGGGACCAUUCGAGCCGUCUCCCACACCGACGUGACCAAGAAAGAUCUGAAGGUGUGUGUGGAGUUUGAUGGGGAAUCUUGGAGGAAGAGAAGAUGGAUAGAAGUCUACAGCCACCUAAGGAGAGCAUUUUUAGUGGAGCAUAACUUGGUUUUGGCUGAGCGAAAUUCUCCUGAAAUUUGUGAAAGACUAGUUCAGUGGCCUGCCAUAAUGUACAAACCUCUGUUGGACACAGCUGGCUUGGGAUCCAUAACUUCUAUUCGUUUUUUAGGAGAUCAGCAAAAAAUAUUUCUUUCUAAAGACCUUUUGAAGCCUAUACAGGAUGUAAACAAUCUUCGACUUUCCCUUAUGGAUAAUCAGAAUGUCAGUAAAGAAUUUCAAGCUUUGAUUAUGAAACAUUUGGAUGAAAGCCAUCUUUUACAAGGUGACAAAAACUUGGUUGGUUCUGAAGUAAAAAUUUAUAGCUUGGACCCUUCUACUCAGUGGUUUUCUGCAACCAUUGUAAAUGGCAACCCCACAUCAAAAACUCUGCAAGUCAACUGUGAGGAGAUUCCAGCUCUGAAAAUUGUUGAUCCAUCACUAAUCCAUGUUGAAGUUGUCCAUGAUAAUUUCAUGACAUGUGGUAAUUCUACAAGAAUUGGAACUGUAAAACGCAAAUCUUCUGAGAAUAAUGGAAAUUUGGUUUCGAAACAAGCAAAACCUUGCUCAGAGGCAUCUCCCAGUGUGUGCCCUGUGCAGUCAGUUCCCACAACAGUGUUUAAGGAGAUCCUUCUUGGCUGUACUGCAGCAACUCCACCUAGUAAGGACCUAAGACAGCAGAAUACUCCCCAAGCUGCCAACUCUCCACCUAACCUUGGAGCAAGAAUUCCUCAAGGGUGUCAGAAGCAAAGUCUACCAGGAGAACUUUCUUCCUGUCUAAUUAUAAAUCCUGAAAUACAAAGAACAAAACCAGAAACUAUUUGUAAAGUAGGAUUGCUCUCUUCAAAGUCUUCUCAGAUUGGAAAUGGAGACUUGAAAGCCAUGAAUGAACCCCAAAGUAGCUGUACCCAGCUGAAGGCAACCACUGAUCAGGAAAAUAGUUUGGAACCUAUUCCUCAGCCAUCUACUGGUCUUCCUGUGGAGUACUUACCUACAAAGUCUUCUCUGGGAGAAUUAGAAAUCACUAGUACUCCUGAACUUCAGAAGCACUUAGAACAUGCACCUUCCACAGCUGAUGUUCAUUCAAUUAAGGCAGAAGAGAAAACAGGUCAUGCUGAUAAACCUAAUAUUUGUGUGGAAAAAAAGGUAGAACCUUCAACUUUAAGUUGCCAGUCACAGAAUUUAAAGGAAUCUUCAGUAAAAGUAGAUAGUGAAAGCUGUUGUACAAGAAGCAACAAUAAAAUCCAGAAUGUCCCAGCUCGGAAGUCAGUUUUGACAGAUCCAGCCAAACUCAAGAAGCUUCAGCAGAGCGGUGAGGCCUUUGUACAGGAUGAUUCCUGUAUAAACAUUGUUGCACAACUGCCCAAGUGCCGAGAGUGUCGUUUGGACAGCCUCCGAAAGGAUAAAGAACAACCCAAAGAUUCACCUGUGUUUUGUCGCUUCUUUCACUUUAGGAGGUUACAGUUCAACAAACAUGGUGUGUUACGGGUAGAAGGCUUCUUAACACCAAACAAGUAUGACAGUGAAGCAAUUGGCUUGUGGCUACCUUUAACCAAAAACGUUGUGGGGACUGAUCUGGAUACAGCUAAAUACAUCCUGGCUAACAUUGGAGACCACUUCUGUCAAAUGGUGAUUUCUGAAAAGGAAGCUAUGUCAACUAUUGAGCCACACAGGCAGGUUGCUUGGAAGCGAGCUGUCAAAGGUGUUCGAGAAAUGUGUGAUGUGUGUGAUACCACCAUCUUCAAUCUGCACUGGGUGUGUCCUCGAUGUGGAUUUGGAGUGUGUGUGGAUUGCUACCGAAUGAAGAGAAUAAAUUGUCAGCAGGGUGCCACCUACAAGACUUUCUCCUGGCUAAAAUGUGUGAAGAGUCAGAUUCAUGAACCAGAGAACCUAAUGCCUACACAGAUCAUUCCUGGAAAAGCCCUGUAUGAUGUUGGAGACAUUGUUCAUUCUGUAAGAGCAAAAUGGGGAAUAAAGGCAAAUUGUCCCUGUUCAAACAGGCAAUUCAAAAUCUUUUCAAAACCAACCUUAAAGGAAGACAUAAAACAGACUUCCUUAUCUGGAGAAAAAUCCACUCUCAGUGCCAGUCUCCAGCAGAAUCCCUCAGCUCUGCCGCCAGUGGCUGUGGGUGGGGAAGUGGCUUCUAAACCAGCCAGUAGCCUGAAACCUGCCUGCUCCGCCAGCUCCUCUCCUUUAAACUGGCUGGCAGACCUGACCAGUGGGAACGUCAACAAGGAAAACAAGGAAAAACAACCAACAAUGCCAAUUUUAAAGAGCGAAAUAAAAUGCCUCCCACCCCUGCCCCCUCUGAGCAAAACCAACACAGUCCUCCACACCUUUAACAGCACAAUUUUGACUCCUGUGAGCAACAAUUCUGGUUUUCUCCGAAAUCUGCUUAAUUCUUCUACUGGAAAGACAGAAAAUGGACUAAAGAAUACACCAAAAAUCCUUGAUGAUAUUUUUGCCUCUCUGGUGCAAAAUAAGACUUCUUCUGAUUUGUCCAAGAGACCUCAAGGACUGACGAUCAAGCCUAGUAUUUUGGGCUUUGACACUCCUCAUUAUUGGCUGUGUGAUAAUCGUUUGCUCUGCCUGCAAGACCCCAACAAUAAGAGCAAUUGGAAUGUAUUUAGGGAGUGCUGGAAACAAGGACAGCCAGUGAUGGUGUCGGGAGUGCAUCAUAAAUUGAACACUGAGCUUUGGAAACCUGAAUCCUUCAGGAAAGAAUUUGGAAGCCAGGAAGUUGACCUAGUUAAUUGUCGAACCAAUGAAAUCAUCACAGGAGCUACUGUAGGAGACUUCUGGGAUGGAUUUGAAGAUAUUCCAAAUCGCUUGAAAAAUGACAAAGAGCCAAUGGUGUUGAAACUUAAGGAUUGGCCACCAGGAGAAGAUUUUAGAGAUAUGAUGCCUUCCAGGUUUGAUGACCUGAUGGCCAACAUUCCGCUACCUGAGUACACAAGGAGAGAUGGUAAACUGAACUUGGCCUCUCGGCUGCCAAACUACUUUGUUAGACCAGACCUUGGUCCCAAGAUGUACAAUGCUUAUGGAUUAAUUACCCCAGAAGAUCGGAAAUAUGGAACAACAAAUCUUCACUUAGAUGUGUCUGAUGCAGCUAAUGUCAUGGUCUACGUGGGAAUCCCCAAAGGACAGUGUGACCAAGAAGAGGAAGUCCUUAAAACCAUCCAAGAUGGUGAUUCAGAUGAACUCACAAUAAAACGAUUUAUUGAUGGAAAAGAGAAACCAGGAGCUCUCUGGCACAUAUAUGCUGCUAAAGACACAGAAAAAAUUCGAGAAUUCCUUAAAAAGGUAUCAGAAGAACAAGGCCAAGAAAACCCAGCAGACCAUGAUCCUAUUCAUGAUCAGAGUUGGUAUUUAGACCGAUCGCUAAGAAAGCGUCUUCAUCAAGAAUAUGGAGUUCAAGGCUGGGCUAUUGUACAGUUUCUUGGGGAUGUGGUAUUUAUCCCAGCAGGAGCUCCACACCAGGUUCAUAACUUAUAUAGCUGUAUUAAAGUGGCUGAAGAUUUUGUUUCUCCAGAGCAUGUUAAACAUUGCUUUUGGCUUACUCAGGAAUUCCGUUAUCUGUCACAGACUCACACCAAUCAUGAAGAUAAAUUGCAGGUAAAGAAUGUUAUCUACCAUGCAGUGAAAGAUGCUGUUGCUAUGCUGAAAGCCAGUGAAUCUAGUUUUGGCCGGCCCUAAAGGUCCAAGUGACGCCUUAACACCCCUGCACAUUGGAAGUGAAUUACUGGCAGCUGUUCAAAUUCUUCAGGCAGGAUUCCUGUGGACUUUGAGAUUCAUGUUACCUCAUCUUCUUUUUUAAACUGUACCCAGCUGGUGAGGGUACUUGUCUAAUGUAUAUUUCUAGUGUUUACAGACACUAAUGUGUAUAUGUAGUAACUAUUUACGGAAUAUGCAUCCUUAAACUGUGACUUCUCACCUAGUGCAGAACUUCUCCCAAGCUGUAAAAAACAAAAAAUUCUCUUAUCAGCUCUGGAACAAUGCCUGUGGUUAUUCCCCAGCUGUUUCACUGAACAGCUUAGUCAAAAUGGUUUAUGACUAUUAGGAAUUACUGCGCAGUUUUGUUUGGUUGUAUUUUGUUUUAUGUCUGUCUGAGUAUUCUCUCCCCAGUUCCUUAGGUUUCAGAAGAGCAGUGGAAGAAAUGACAGCUAAUGAUGCAGUUCUUAAUAGAGACUGCAUUAGGGCUGGCAUUAUAAUAGCAGAAAUCAACUACUGUACAAUUCUUGGGGUUAACCAUCUUUUUUAGUUAAGUGGAAUUUUAAUUUAAAUGAAGCUUUGCUAAUUUUAAGUGUUACGCAUUUUGCAUUAAAGUAUUCAUAUACUAUUUGGACUCAGUUUAUUGGCAUUUUCCCAAAGGAUUUUCAGCACAUCCUUUAUUAAAUGUUAUAAAUGUUGCAGCUAUAAUGACUUCAGAAACAACUCUCGGACUGGAGAGAGAGCUGAAAGGGAUAAAAGAGUGCAUACUUUGUAUGCAUGAGUCCCAGGUUCAUACUUGGAUUCGUAGAUCACGACUGGGUGUUACCUCUACCUCCCCCCCAAAAAAAACUUUAAAAGGGCAUAGCAAUUUAUGAAUGAUUAUUACAAAGUCAAUCUGGAAAUGUUUUUCACCAUCCAUGUGGAACUUGUCACAUUACACCAUAAAUUUCAAAGUAGGAAUUAACAACAACAACAAAAUUAGAGAAUAUUAAAUUAUUCUAAAAAUAGUAAGAGGGCUGAAGGAUAGUACAGUAGGUAAGGCAUUUGCCUCGCACAGUCAACUUGGGUUUCUAUAAGGUCCCCUGGAGUCCCACCAGGAGUGAUCCCUGAGCACUUUGGGUACAGCUCAAACCCACCCCCAAAAAGGAAACUAAUAAAAAUUUUAGAAACGUAUCUAAAACAACUUCAUGAAAUAAACAUUUUAGAGAAACCACUUUUUAACAACUGAUUUCUAUGGCUCUAUUGAAAUCAAGCAGUACAGAGUAUAGAGCAUAAGUUUUUGCUAAUAGGCUUUUUUGAUUUUUUUUGAGGCGGUCACAUCCAGCAGUGCUCAGGGCUUACUUUGGGCUCUGCACUCAGGACUUACUCCUGGUGGUGCUCGAGGAACCAAGGAUGGGAUGCCAAGGAUUGAACCCACAUUGGCCACAUGCAAGGCAAACGCCCUACCCACUAUACAUACUAUCACUCUGGCCCCUAAUGCGCUCUUAAAAUUGUGCUUAAUGUUAGUCUCCUUCAAACUAAUACCAUUAACAGAUGAAUUUUUAAAAAUAAAAUUUCUGAAAAUAGAAAUAUCUGCCUAUGUCAGUGGGAAAGUGUCUUCCUACCCCUAAGUCUACCAGAGAUGCUAUACUCCUUUUGGCAGAUUUGCAAGGAGAAUCAGCAGUGUUGCUUAGAAGUCUCCCUAAGCUAGGGGAUACUCUGUGACUCAGCAGUUGUGCACUACCUUCGUAUGUGAGAUCCUGGGUUCACUUCCCAGCACCACCGAAACAAAUCUCCCUAAGCCGAAAGAAUAGGAAUACUUGAAUUCUCUUGGAUGGCAGUAGUUCCAAGGGCUACUAACAAUCAAACCAUUUCAACACUAAAAACAAAAGCCACCACCAGUGAGAGUCAGCACAAACCUUCAGCUGCCAUAACAUGUUAACACAGUGCAUAUCACCAGUGGCUCAUACUUGAAUGUGGUUUAAUACAAAUUUAAACACAGCAUCAAUGUGUUAAAAGUUUACAGAUUCUGGAUAAAUCAAUGUUUUUGUUUUAAUAUUUUCUCCUGUGGCUCAGACAAGGAUUUCAGAAACUGCUCACAGAAUCAAUAUUAUUUUUGACAUUAUUGAAGAAAUCUGCCUUGAUAAACAAACCUGGGACAUGAAAGACUUUGAAAGCUGUUUUCCUUUAUUUUAAGCAAAAAUUACUGUCCAUCUUCCUGAUUAAAGUUUGAUUACCUACAUAACAAAAUGCAUGGGAUUAUAAGAAACCCUUAAAUUCAUUGUCAUUUCACAAUAAGCUUGCUAGAUAAAGGCAAUAUAAAACUAUUUUGUUCUUCCCAACUUGGUUCAGAACUAGAAAGCAACCACAGUAAAAAAUGUAAACAAGCAAAUGAAUUAAAAAGAUAA